CGUAAGUCGGUCCCGGCGCCGCCCCAGCCUGGUCAGUUUCAGCACCGCGGACAGCAGCGAUGGCCUGGCCGUGCAUCAGCCGCGCCUGCUGCAUCGCUCGCUUCUGGAACCAGCUGGACAAGGCUGACAUCUCCGUGCCGCUGGUCUUCACCAAGUACUCAGAGGUGACCGCCGAUGGAAAUGCGGCCCACCACCACCACACACCUUCCGAGCCCCGGGAAUCGACGUCCAGCCGCUGGGAGCAGGAGGAGGAGGAGGAGACCAGGACUCAGUGGCACAGACGACCGAGAUUUGCCAAGCCCACCUCGCCUCGCCUCGCCUCGCCCUCCUGGCUUGUCCGGUCUUCACAGCUUUUAGCCCAGUGGGAGCUGGUGACCGUAUCGGAGGCGGUGACAGACGGGGUGUCCGCUCCGGGGAACGUCCGCCCCGGGUCCCGGAGGGAGUCGGUGAUGAGGCAGGACUACCGGCCCUGGAAGGUGCGCCCGGAGCCCAGCUGCAAACCCAAGCAGGAGUACACACCCACCGGCACUCCCUUCGAGAGUGAGUCCCAGUACAACAAGGAUUACAAGGCUUGGCCCGUCCAGAAGAGGAGCGACCACCAUCCCUGGAUCCCCAAGGGCGAGAGGGGGAGCCAGACACCGGCGCCCAGCGGGGAAGAGCCGGCAGCAACGGCAGUGGUGCCAACAGCUGGCACCAGGCAGGAGCAGGGCAAGGGCAAAGUGGCUGAUGCCCUGAACAGGCAGAUAAAAGAGGAGAGAGGAACCCCCACCUCCUACAGGAAUGAGUUCAGGGCGUAUACUGUGGAUUCCAAGUCGACAAAGGCCGUCAAAGCCAAGCAGACCUACCACCCUCCAGAGACCAAGGUGGCCCACGAGACCAGCUACAACACCACCUUCAAGGGCCAGUACAGCAAGCGGCCGGAGCUGAUCAGACCAGGGACGGCCGACAGCAAGUUCCCGGAGGGGAGGAGGGUGAGAAGCCUCUACAGCGAAUUCUACAGAGAACCCACCAAGCCAGAGAAACCCAGCGUCCAGACCUCGAAACCCAAAAAGCCACCGACCCACAAAGAGCCCCGCAAACCCAAAGGGAAGCACGGAGCUUCGAGCCGCUCCGUGAAGAAAAAGGGUGCGGACAGCACGCCGGCCGCCAAGCCCGAAGACCAGGACAAGGCCGAGGAGAUCAACAACAAGCUGGCCGAGGCUAAAGAGUGACCUCCCCCUCCCCCCUGUACCCGGGGCGACUGUGCGACCAGUCCUUUGCCCCGUCGUGCAGGGACAGCCCUCUAUCACACGAAGAUCGACAGCCCAGUCUAUCCAUUGACAAGCACUGCAGUCGGGAGCCUCCACCUGCAGACAAGACAAGAGGAAAUAUUAAAAACUACUGCGAUCCUCUCCCGAUUAAAGCAGCAUCAUUUCUCCAUCAAGAAAUGCAGUGCGUGGAGGAUAGUUAGGUAGAAAUUAUGUGCAUAAGAUCAGUCUUGCUCACUUCAUCAACAAGGGUCAUUGCCAACUCCAUGCCACAGGGGCCGACCAAGAGAUUGUCAUGAAACGUACCCUAGAUAUUUAACAGGGCAGUAGGGAUUAAUUCAUUACCAAUGAUCCAGCCCGUGGUUCCUGUAGAUCGGCCAUGGUUGAGUGUUGGGCUAGGCGCGAUGGGCCAAAUGGCCUGCUUCUGCUUCUACAGCCCUACGAACGUAUCCUUUCUACAGAAGACACAAGGAACUGCAGACGCUAGAAUCUUAGGCGGAACACAAAGUGCUGGAGGAACUCAGUAGUCAGGCAGUAUCUGUGGAGGGAAAAGGGCAGAGGAUGUUUCGGGAAGGGAACCUUCUCUGACAGAUGGGACCACUCCACCCAUCGGUCAAUUAAGCCCACCUCACCUUAUCCCCCUAUCACUCACCAGUUAGAGUCAUAGAGUCACGCAGUGUGGAAACAGGCCCUUCGGCCCAACUUGCCCACGCCGACCAACAUGUCCCAUCUACUCUAGUCCCACCUGCCUGUGUUUGACCCAUAUCCCUCGCAAACAUGUCCUGUCCAUGUACCUUUCUUAAAUGUUAUGGUAAUCCCUGCCUCAACUACCUCCUCUGGAAGCUCGUUCCGUACACCCGCCACCCUUUGAGUAAAUAAAAGUUGCCCCUCAGGUUCCCAUUCAAUCUUUUUCCCCUUCACCUUAAACCUAUGUCCUCUGGUUCUCGAUCUAUUCAAAGUCAAAGUCAAAGUCAAAUUUAUUCGUCACAUGCACCCGAAGGUGCAGUGAAAUGAAUUUGCCAGCAGCGAGACACACUGAAAAAGAACACACAAUACACAAUAAGAUUGAACACAAACAUCCACCACAGCAUUCUUCACUGUGGUGGAAGGCAACAAAGUUCAGCCAGUCCUCCUCCUUUGUUCACCCGUGGUCGAGGCCACGAGCCCUCCGUAGUCGCCGCUACGGACGGCCCGAUGUACGGGCCCUCUCGUCGGGAUGACCCAAACUCCGACGUCAGGGCGGUCGAACACACUCGGAGCACCCGAAUCGUCAUUUUCCCACCGGAGACGGCGGCUUCAGGAUGUUACAGGCCGCUGGCCGGUGGUCGGAGCUGGCCUGCGUGAUUCCUGAUUGCUUUUAUACACCCCUUAAAAAAAAUCACCCCUCAUCCCACUGCGCUCCAAUGAAUAAAGUCCUAGCCAGCCCGACCUCUCCCGAGAGCUGAGCUGGCAACAUCCUCGUAAGUCUUCCCCGCACCCUUUCCAGCUUGACAACGCCUACAUUAUAACAUGGUGCCCAAAAAAUGGUGCGGGUCGAUCCAUUUUCACCCAUGAUUUUGCCACCAUCCCCUUCCCCUCGCCUCUCGCCACCAGCUUUCUCCCCUCUCCUCCGUCAGUCUGAAGAAGGGUCUCGACCCGAAUCAUUGUCUGUUCAGUCCCUCCGCAGAUGAAUGCCUGAAAUGAUACAUUAUUGUCCUGUGUAAAUAUAGAAUAUGAUCAAUGUGAUCGUGGCUGAUCAUCCAAAAUCAGUAGCCCCCCGUUCCUGCUUUCUCCUCGAAUCUUUCGGUUCCGUUAGCCCUGAGAGCUAUGUCUAAUGGGCCUGUCCCACCUUCACUACAUUUUCGGCGACUGCCGACACCCGUUGCAGGUGGCCAAAGAUUUUCAACAUGUUGAAAAUCCAGCGGCGACCAGAACAAGGUACGACUCUUUGGGCGACUACUCACGACCGUACAGGCUUGACUGUCAUAUGCUGAGAGAAUGGAGCAGCUGGGCUUGUACACUCCGCAGUUUAGAAGGAUGAGAGGAGAUCUCAUUGAAAUAUAUGAUUGUUCAGGGCUUGGACACACUAGAGGCAGGAAACAUGUUCCCGAUGUUGGGGGAGUCCAGAACCAGGGGCCACACAGUUUAAGAAUAAGGAGUAAGCCGUUUAGAACGGAGACGAGGAAACACCUUUUCACACAGAGAGUUGUGAGUCUGUGGAAUUCU